GCAGCAUCGCUCUGAUUCAGUCGAGCACGCGGCCAUUCACAGUUUAAGGUCCCUCCGGUGACUCUGGAUGUCUAGCCGGUGCGCGUCUCACUCGCCUUUGUAGACACAUUUAAAGCCUAGGGUCGAAGCGGUGGGUUUUACCAGCGACAUAUAAAGUCCUGCUUGAGUGUGUCAAGCGAUGCUGAUGAAGUUGGAAAGUAAUGAGCGAGGAUGCUGAAGCUGCCCGCAAGCCCGCUUUGUUCGGAGGAGCGCGAGGCUUUUGUGCCGCUGUCAUCGCGCAGCUCAUCCCCUGCUGCUUUGUCUUCGCUUGGUCCGUUGAAACCGACCGUGGCCGGCAGUGUGGUUUGUCAGUGUUGGAGUACGACCAGCAGGCCAGCACCAUGAGUCUGUACGGGGCCAGUGCCAGUGGUGGUGCUGUCGGUGGGGCAAGAGAAAGAGGAGGAGCUGAACAUUACCAGGAACAACGGCGGCGCUCUAGUGACCACUCACGUGACUCCUCCCAUGAGAGAGGAGAGAGCCAGCUAACUCCUUGCAUCAGGAAUGUUACUUCUCCCACUCGGCAGUAUGACCGUGAACGUGGCGACGGAGGCUCGUCGUCAAGAUCCUCCAGUCCACGUCCGCCCAGGGUUUCUCUUCCCUGUGCUUCCCAGGGAAGAGUUGACCACCACCCUAAGACCCUGGGCCAAGGACCGUGCGACAUGAUCUAUGUGUAUGACCUCAGCAGUAAAGAGGGGCAUCGUGGUGGACUAAGGCUGGGAGAAAGAGUCACGCUUAUUGUGGACAAUACAAGAUUCGUGGUGGAUCCUGCUAUUUUCACAGCUCAACCUAACACCAUGCUGGGCAGGAUGUUUGGUUCUGGGCGGGACAACAACUUCACACGCCCAAAUGAAAAAGGAGAGUUUGAAGUGGCCGAUGGCAUCAGCUCCACUGUGUUCAGAGCCAUCUUGGAUUACUACAAGUCGGGGAUAAUCCGCUGCCCUGACGGCGUUUCCAUUCCCGAGCUGAGGGAGGCAUGUGACUACCUCUGUAUCUCCUUCAACUACAGCACCAUCAAGUGCAGAGACCUCAGCGCCCUGAUGCACGAGCUGUCUAAUGACGGGGCCCGGCAUCAGUUUGAGUGUUACCUGGAGGAGAUGGUGCUGCCGCUGAUGGUGGCCAGCGCUCAGAGCGGAGAGAGGGAGUGCCACGUGGUGGUGCUGACCGACGAUGACGUGGUGGACUGGGACGAAGAGUACCCUCCACAGAUGGGAGAGGAGUACUCACAGAUCAUCUACAGCACCAAACUGUACCGCUUCUUCAAAUACAUCGAGAACCGAGACGUGGCCAAGUCUGUGCUGAAGGACCGAGGACUGAAGAAGAUCCGACUAGGAAUAGAAGGCUACCCGACUUACAAAGAGAAGGUGAAGCGGCGUCCUGGAGGGCGCCCGGAGGUCAUCUACAACUAUGUUCAGCGUCCCUUCAUCCGUAUGUCCUGGGAGAAAGAGGAAGGAAAGAGUCGUCACGUUGACUUCCAGUGUGUCAAGUCCAAGUCCACCACUAACCUGGCCGCAGCCGCUGCGGACAUUCCCCAGGACCAGCUGGUGGUCAUGCACCCUCCAGGGCCUCAGGUGGAUGAGCUGGACACUUUGCCUCACCCGCCGGCAGUCAGCGACCCCCAGCACCUGGUACUCGGCCAGGGGCUGGAGAGCAGCAUGGCCCCCCAGUUAGCACAGGUGUUCGAGGGCCCAACCCAGCAGUCUCAGGACAGUGCGAGCCAGGGCACGCACAGUCUGGCCCACAGCAACCAGCAGCAGCACAGCAGCAGUCACACUCAGGCCUCUUACCACUACGAGCCAGACCCCGACACUCCGCCAUCGUCUGCGUGAGAGACACUUCACCUCUGUCUCUGUUCCUGUGUUCACACUGCCAACAACAAGCACUUUUAUUCACACCACUACACUGAGACAGUCAGAGCUUCAAAUCACUAAAGAGAACUUUUAGACACAACUGUUCUCUCAGCAUCGAUUGUGAGACUCGUAUUCUAGUAAAAGGCUCAGAGAACUUGGAACAUAGUGACUCAGUGAAGCA